AUGCCUUUUUUCAGAGGACUACUCACAAGGAAAAAACGUUUUUCCUCCGCCUCUGCAGAAAGACGGAAGAAAGAGCAUGAUUGUUAUUUACAGAAUGGAAGUUGCGUGCUUAAGGAGCUUCUUGCUUUAUGCGACGGAAAUUGCAGAAUUCCCAUCCAUUACUACACUGCCAUAGAGAUCGACAAUGCAAUUAGACACUCUAACAGCAAAAUGGACCUUGCUUAUGUGACUUUGGUUACGGGAUUGCUAGACAACCGCACCGUUUUAGUUAGGUUCAAUGAACGUACAUUCAAGAAUAUCCACCGAGAUAUAGCAAUUACUGCUCAGAUGAGUCAUCUGAAGAAUGUGUUGAGACUUGUCGGUUGCUGUCUAGAAUUUGAAGAAGCAGUUAUGGUGUAUGAAUAUAUUGAAGGUAUACCUCUUUUCGAUCUACUUUUCAAAAAGGUUAAUCUUAAUGGAAAAUCGCUAUGUUGGGGAAACAGAUUACGAGUUGCACGUGAUGUCGCUUCUGCAAUCGUUUUCCUCCAUACUGAAUUUUCUACGCCCAUCAUCCACAGAAUGAUACAGCCUCACAAUGUGAUAAUAGAUGAGAAGAGCGGCGUUGCCAAAAUAUUGGACUUCUCACUCUCGAUAUCACUGCCUCCAGGGGAAUUGGAGGUACAAGAUAAGGUGUGUGGAACAAUGGGGUAUAUAGCUCCAGAAAAUAUCGCCUCAGGUAUUAGUACUCAAAAAACUGAUGUCUACAGCUUUGGGGUUCUUCUGUUUCAGCUAUUAAUCGGAAAGAAAGUGUACGAUAUUAUUGAUCUCGUGGUGGAUUCUAUAAAUUCAGAAGAGACCAUAGAUUUUGAAGAAGACGCUAAAUCAAAUGCUGAAGAGGGUAAUUCUAUGGAUAGAGUGGAUUCUACAAAUUCAAAAGAGACAACAGAUUUUAAAAAUGUUCCAACCAAUUACUUUGUCGAUCGUAAUAUUAAAGAGAGUAAUGUACUGGAUAUUGUGGAUCCAACUAUCUUAGAAGAGCAUGGAAUUGAGAUUCAACAACAAUUGAAAGACUACUUGGAUCUUGCUAGGAAAUGCACAGCUGACAACGGAGAUGAUAGACCAUACAUGAUUCAUGUGGCAAGGGAAUUAAGCCGAAUUGAAAAGUGUUUCCGUGCCCUCUCCCUUGGUUAA